UACAAGUCAAUACCCCACCUCCCCUUUCUCUCUCUCUCUCUCUCUCUCUCUCUCUCUCACACACACACACCUCUAUAUCUCUCUCUCACACUAGCUAGAAAGAUGGCGUCUACAAGGCGAAGCGGCUUCGGUCUCCGCCAGCCGGUGGUCGUCGACGUCGGGUGCAGCUGCCGGAGGCCGAAGAAGCUCUCCUCUCUCUUCUCCUCCUUCUCAAUCUCCCACUCCAAACCCAAGAACGCCUCCACCUCCUCCUCGUCCCCCGCCACCACCAUGAACACCACCACCACCACCACCACCACCACCACCACCACCGCCGCCGCCGCCUCCACCGCCUCCACCUGGGACGCCUCCUUCACCACCACCAACUCCCUCUACGAGGAGGAGGAGGAGGAGGAGUACCACCACUCCCCACAUCACCCCAUCCUCAACGAAGGGAGGAGACCCUCCGGAGCGAACAAUGGCGGGCGCAGGAGGAAGGGGGGGAGGAGGAGGAGGAGGAAGGGGCAGGGGAGGGUGGAGAGGGAGAGCGUGGCCGUGGCGGUGGAGACGGAGGAGCCGUACGAGGACUUCAAGGAGUCGAUGGUGAGGAUGGUGGUGGAGAACGAGAUCUACGCCUGGGAUGAUCUCAACGACCUCCUCCACCGCUUCCUCUCCCUCAACUCCCCCCGACACCACUCCCUCAUCCUCCGCGCCUUCGCCGACCUCUGGACCGGCCUCUUCUCCCCUCCCUCCCCCUGCCUCUAGAACUUAUAUUACAUAUUUCGCCAUGCCCAGAUCGAAGCACCUGCUUUUAUACUUUGUAAGCCCCAUAACAAUUAAUUAAUUCCCUCCCACCGAAUUAGAAGAAUAUAUAUCUUUAUAUAUAUAUAUAUAUACAAUCAAAGUAUAAAAUUUGGUGCUUUUUAUGCCGCAAUUCAAAAUUAGCUUAACAGUGGUAGUGCUUACUUAGUGUGCUUGAUAGGAUGUUAGGAUAGUUGUGUUUGGUGAAAAAAAUGUAGCGAGAGACCCUCUUGAGUAUUGGCCAUUUUAAAUCACGGCUUGUGCUUCACGAAUCAAUUAGAGCAGUUGGUCGGUAUUUUUAAUUUUCGACUAUAGAUUCAGAGUGUGUGCUUGUUGUCCAAUCUUAAAUGGCCAUAAUUCCGCCAAAUUUAACUAUAUAUAUAUAUAUAUAUAUAUAUUAUGAACACCGCUCAAUCUCGCCAUUUUUUUUUUUCCUUUUCCUUUGGAUAAAGAACCUGUUUUAAAAUGGCCAAUAGGUGAGGGGGUCUCAGUACAUUUUCUCACUUUAGGAUUUUAGCAUUGAUGAUACUGUAGGGGAUCAUACGGUGGAGAUCAUUGACAAGGUGAUGUAAUGAUGUUGUGUGUGUGAGUGUGAAAGUGUGAAUGCGUCUGUGUAGGAGAGUGGUGUUGGUGUGCGUGUGUUUUAUGAUGGGUGCGUGCUUUUGCUAAAACGGGCGCUGACUAGAAUUUACUGCGUUUGCUUUGCCUUGUAGCUUUCCCUGAUAUCUAUGUACUGGUACGUAGCUAACUAUUUCUUAUAUA